GCUAGAUUGAGCGCAUGUACAGUAGUGUAAUGCGUUUGUAAUCAUAUAGAUAUGGCGCAUAGUGUUUGGAUGUUUCGAUGUGCCGUAAAUAAACUCUACUGGUAUACAUAAUUAUUUAGUUGUGAUGUGCAAUCCUUGCAACAAUGCGGUUAGACUCAACAGCAGCAAUGCUAAAAAGAGCCCGGAAUAAAUGUGUGCAUAUCGUCCCCGAAUGUGGCAGAAUGCUGAAGUCGAAGCUACAAUCAGCCAGCUCCAUGCUGAAAUCAUCGCUGCAAUAUGCGUAUGCCCGUGGUUACAACGCUAAACUGGUUUGUAAUGCAGCUUACGCUGGAGCUAUUGUUUUAUUUCUCAUAGGAUCACUGAGUCCACGACUGCCUAAGUUUUCAUUUCCUUUCGCUGGAAAUUUUUUUCCUGCAAAGACGAAAUUCGGGAAGAUAAAGCCCCCACGCACCGUCCUAGCACAUCUAUUUUGUAUACAUUUUAUGCGGAGGAUUUUAGAGGUGUUAUUUGUGCACAAAUUCAAGCGGGAAUUUCAUAUCAUGGAAACCGUAAUCGGACCUGUAUUUUGCUGGAUAUUCUCACUCUGGAUAGCUGUGUCUAUUCGCCCAGCUGCAGGGUAUGUUAAUACCAGUGUAAAUAUUUAUACACUUGGAAUUGUUCUAUUCAUCCUUGGAGAAUUCCUCAGUGCUUUUUGCUACUUAUAUUCAUAUUGCAAUUUGGGCCAAAGAUUCUGCGAGGUUUUUUCAAGAAUACUUCCAUUAAAAGAGUUACCUGGAGGGAUUCUAUACCCGUUUGAAUCAUGUUGUCAUUUAACUUUGGAGACGCUUUCGUGGUUUGGGUUUUUUGUUGCGACUGGAACACUUUCUUCGUUGUUGUUUUUCCUCUGCAAUGUUGCUGUUGUUUUGAUAUAUUUAAUCAAAUGCUACAGAGAGCAGUCAAAUGAAAUCAAGAAGAAGGUUGUUAAUGGUACUAUUAUUCCUAUUAAUAAUAAAGAGGGUAUUUCACAUCUUGAAUGUUAAUUUAAUUUCCCGUGCCUGCCUGCAUAUUUUCACUUACAAAAAUGAAAAUAAAAAAUGCCUGUAUUCGCGAAUUUGCUGCAUUUUAUUUUUAUUACGUUUUUAAGAAGCAUUGAACAAUCCAAUUGAAUUCUUUACAUCAUCCAAAAGUGCAUGCUUAAUAAGUAUAUUAAUUAGUUUGAAACGUUAGUAUACUUCACACAGCAGUUGAUUGAAAAGGCCUACAGUAGGAUUACAUUUGAUAUUGUCAACAUCUCUGUCAAAAUCGGCUUUAAAGAAGUUUAAAAUAAUUAACUUAAAAUAUUAUAUUAUUAUUAACACUAUCAGCAACGUGGACAUUUCAUGUGAGCCGUUUUAUGUCCAUAAGCUAGUAUAACUAAGUAGAACAUUUGUUUAUAUUUUCUGGCACCAUUAUUUUUUAGAUAGACCUAUUGCAAAUUUUUUAGAGAGGAUCUUAUUUUGGUUUUUAGUAAUGACUAAAUUCUUUAAAGUAAAUUUGUUUUAUUUUUAAAAACUAACAUAUAUCAAAAUCAAUGAAUGCAAAAUGCAGGCACUGGGCUACAAUUAAGUUUUUAUCUUAUUUCUAAACAGUGUGUUCAAUGUUUCAACUACAAGUUAAAUUUCAAUAUUUAAAAAAAGAAUACUUAAUAUUUCAUGUGGGUUCAUUUUUUAAAAUAGAUUAUUUAUAAGUUAUAAUAAUAAUUUAUAUUUGUGAGAACAUAUACCCUGCAAUACUGGCUGGUCAAUUUCCACACGCACACCCCCCCCCCCACACCCCCAAUCUUCCCAACUUCCAAGAAACAAUGUACAGUAGGAACCAAAGUUUAGAGUUUUGUAAGAGGAAGUUUAUUGAGUAAAUCACAAGAACUGUUUGAUUUUAUUCACAAUUAAAUAACAUCCUAUUUUAAUAUGUCACUACUGAUUGUCUUUCUAUCAUGUUUAUAAUAUUUUUUUUUAAUCUUCCUUUUUUGUAAUACCUUUAGUUAUUUUCUAGCUACAGUAUAUAUUUAAAAUAACAAUAAGAAAAAUGCAGUAUAAAGGGUUUAUUUUUAGUUCUGAAACUGAAUUUCUUUUAAUAACUGAUGGCAAAAAUGAUGUUUUCUAAAGAAAAUGUAUUCUUGCUUUUUUUUAAGCUAAAUGUUUUGUAUUUCCUAUUGUGUACUGUAUUAUAUGUACUGUAAUUAAAUUUUGAUUAAGUUGGUAAUUUAAAAUUUUAUACAUCAUUAUG